AUGUUCGGCGUUGUGCUAGUACAGGACCGUGCAAACCCAGGGGGUGGUGAACGCGGCCGAAGCCGCUGGAUAGCCCAGGGCAUAGCAAGUUUCUUCCAAUAUUUUGUUGUUUCGUGGCGUAUCGCUUCGUGCAUCAUGCUUCUAGGUGCUGGAGAUGCCCAGGAGUCCACUUUACGAGCAGAUAUUGCAGCGGCCUUGCAGCCAUCGCCCUCAUUUGGAUCCAAGAGGCCGUUUUUGCUUGUGAAUUACUCCCGUUCAGCCAUCGGCCAACGAAUGUUCAGUGGAGGUCAUUAUGCGCCCAUUGCGGGCUACAAUGCGAAGGAAGACAAGGUCUUACUGCUUGAAGUGAAUUGUUGGCGUUAUCCUUCCGUGUGGGUGGACCUUCCUUCGCUGUGGCUUGCAAUCCAGACCCAAGUUGCAAAUGGCAACUGGCGCGGGUACCUUCGUAUCCGAACUCCCUGA